GAGAAUGUAUAUAACAUGGACGAGACGGGCGUCAUGCUGAACAUGCUUGGCUCUGUUAAAGUCCUAGUAAGCAAGGAUGACCUCCGUGACUAUAGGGGAGCAGGCGUCAAGCGCACCCAGGUAACUGCUAUUGAGUGCAUCAGUGCUGACGGUAGGUCGCUGCUCCCUCUUAUUAUCUGGCCAGCUUCGACCCAUAGAAGUAACUGGACUACCUUCCCAACCCCUGGCUGGCAUUAUGGACACUCAGAAAACGGAUACAAUGACUCGAAGAUUAGCCUGGAG